CCCAUCCUCACUUUCCGUUUUAACCCAGAGACAAAUUUCGUUCAGUUUAAUGAUAACUAUUUCCAAAGCUCAAGGCAUAUUUGAGAUGACAAGCACUCACGUCAUAAGCUUUUAUGGGACUUAUAUAACGCCCAUGCUCAGGUUUGACAAGAAGCGGCUCACGUAUGUUAGCUCAGCUAUUGCCGCAACACUACUAUAUACAUUGUAUAGAAAAAUAGUCUUACCUCCUCCUGGCAUCCGUAACAUUCCAAGAGUCAAUUUUCUAUAUUUUAUUCUGUCUGCUCUUAAAAAUGAUGACCCUAUUUAUCAAUUAAAAAACUUGUACGCGCCAUUGAUAUCAAAGGCUAAUGGCACCUAUGUGAGACUCAAUCGCGCUGGCUGGUCUGUUUAUGUCCAAAAUCCUGUUGAUAUCAGAAAAGUUUUAUUGAAUUCAGAUAUUUUUCCCAAGGCGCCAAAUUCUUUUGGUAAAGGUGACACACUGAUCAAUGGUAUCUUGCGCCAUCCCAGUAUACUCACAGAAACAGGUUCUAAAUGGAAGGUUCAUAGAAACGCUGCAAAUCCUGCUUUUCAACGUGCAAUGCCUGUGCAGCUUUUCGGAAAGUUGACCCAACAAUUAUUUACUGAAAUUGAAAAGGAAAAUGGAACUAUUGACAUGUCAGACUAUAUUGAAAGGUUUACCUUCGAUGCGAUCACAGCUGCUGGUUUUGGUUACAAUGCUAACGCUAUAGGAGACAAAAACAGCGAAUGGGUUAAAUAUUAUUCUUCCCUAAUGGAUGGAGCCUUUGUACCAAUAUAUGCCAUCGUCCCUAUACUAGAUACAAGUCUUCGAUGGAUGUCUCCUUCUCGUGUUCAGCUUCAUAAAACUUUAAAAAUAUUUUUGAAACGGAUUGGCGACAUCGUCACCGAAAAACGCGCACUGAUAGCGAAUAAAGGGGGUAUAGGUUCUUUAGAUGACAGCGAAAAAGAUCUAUGCACCUUGAUGAUUGAAGCAGAAUCAGGCGAUGGGGGAGUCCUGACAAACGAACAAAUGCUGAAUGACAUUCUCGCUUUUAUGCUUGCUGGACAUGAAACAACCGCAAAUGCGCUGGGAUCAGCUAUGUACCACCUUGCUGUUCAUGAAGAAAUUCAACAAAAGCUGCGUAACGAAGCUAUUGAAUGGUUAGGUAAUGCACCCGAAGACAUUAUUCCGACUGUCGAACAAUCAAAGAACAUGGUGUUUCUGAACAUGGUUAUCAAAGAGAACCUUCGCAUCAUACCACCUAUUGUCUGGACUCAACCUCGAAUUGUAACAGAGGAUACAGAACUCGGGGAUUUCAUGAUUCCCAAAGGUACAAUCGUAACCACAGACAUUCUCGGUGCUCAAUUGGAUGAAACUAUUUGGGACGAUCCUUACCUUUUUAAUCCUGAACGCUUCAACCCAAAAAAUGAAGAGAACAAGCGUGCAUUCAAUGCAUACUUACCGUUUGGCAAAGGUCAACAACAAUGUAUCGGCUUCAAUAUGAGCCUUGCAGAGCAACGCGUUCUUUUGGCUAUGAUUGUCAGAAAAUACAAAUGGAGUUUGCCCCAUGAUUCAAUUCACAAAAAUGGUAUGGUUAUUGCUGGUACAGAUAGUAUCGGACCCAAAGAACUCGUUCUUGACUUUACUAAGCGAUAUUAAAUAAAGAGUUUGAUGUAUUGCUUUAGUGUAAAUAUAAUCGGUAUUAAAAACGUCAUUAAUACUAGCCAGUUCAAUUAAACUGAAGCAAAAUAAGAAUGACUUUUUAGCUUACAAAG